AUGUCCCUAGACUCGCCUCAAAUUUGGCGCACGCCUCGAAACCGUAGCCUCAUUUUCUCCUCUGCUUGCCCUCCUUUCCCCACUUCUCCCCCUCAUUUUCCCCCUUUCUUUCUCUCAAUUCCCCCCCUGCUCCCUUUCAAGUCCCCCCCUGCUCCCUCUCAUUUCCCCCCUUCUCCUGCUCAUUUCACCCCCUUCUUCCUCACGUUUUCCCCCCUUCUCCCUCUCCUUUCCCCCACUUCUCCCCCUCAUUUUCCUCCUUUCUUCCUCUCAUUUCCCCCCUGCUCCCUCUCAUUUCCCCCUGCUCCCUCUCUUUUCCCCCGUGCUCCCUCUCAUUUCCCUCCUUGCUCCCUCUCAUUUUCCCCCCUGCUCCCUCUCAUUUCACCCCCUGCUCCCUCUCAUUUCCCUCCCUGCUCACCCUCCUUCCCCCUCUCCUUCCCCUCAUUACCCCCACUUUCCCCUCAUUUCCCCCUCUCCUUACCCUCAUUUCCCCCUCUCCUUCCCCUCAUCGCCCUCCUUCCCCUCAUUCACCCUUUCCUUAUCCUCAUUUCCCCCUCUCUGUCCCUUCAUCUCCCCCUCUCUUUUCUCGCAUUUCCCCUACUCCGUCCCCUCGUUCCCCCCUCUCCCCUCAUUUCAUCCUCUCGUUCCACAAAAUCCCCACCUCUCGUUUCCCACAUUUCCCCUUCUCUGUCCCCUCCUUUCCCUCUUCCCGUCCCCUCCUUACACCUCCUUCCCCUCAUUUUCCCCUCUCCCUCCCUUCGUUUCCCCCUCUCCUUUCCCUCAUAA